CUCCCUCUUUCUGCUGAAUGUGGUGAAGUCAUAUAUUUCAGACGAGGGUGUUUGCCGUAUUUAUACUGGCUGUCCUGUGCAGUACAAUCUGCACUGUGUUGUGAGGAAGCUCAAGAACGGGAACACAGCAGCACCAGCCCAAACCCACCGGUACUCACCUGAGAGCUACUACACAAACAGGACUAGAAUGGCAAACAAAGGUCCUUCCUAUGGCCUGAGCCUUGAGGUUCAGAACAAGAUUGACAAGAAAUAUCUCCCAGAAGUGGAGGAAAGGCUGGUGCAGUGGAUCAUUGCCCAGUGUGGCUCUGAAGUUGGCCAGCCUGAACCAGGCAAGAUCGGCUUCCAAAAGUGGCUCAAGGAUGGAUGUGUGCUGUGUGAAUUCAUCAACAGCCUGUAUGGAGCCAACAAACCAAUCAAGACUAUUAAGCCCUCCACCAUGGCCUUUAAGCAGAUGGAGCAAAUCUCUAUGUUCCUCAAAGCUGCAGAAAACUAUGGAGUCACCAAAACUGACAUGUUCCAGACUGUAGACCUCUUUGAAGGCAAAGACAUGGCUGCUGUCCAGACGACCAUGUUGGCUCUGGGUAGUUUGGCAGUCACAAAGGAAGAUGGGAAUUACAGAGGAGACCCCAGCUGGUUCCAUAAGAAGUCCCAAGAGAACAAGAGAGAAUUCUCAGAGGAACAGAUGAAGGAAGGCAAAAAAAUCAUCGGCCUGCAAAUGGGCACAAAUAAAGGAGCAUCUCAAGCUGGUAUGACAGGCUACGGACUACCAAGGCAGAUCAUCAACUGAAAGGCCUGUCAGCAAGGAUGGUGAAACACUGAAUCUUAUUUUGGCCAUUAGGAGAAGUGUGACAUGACUGCUUUUAAGACUAAACUGGAUGAAAACAGGGACCAAUAAGACCAUGUACACACAAUUCAUGUUGAGCAGACACACAUAAAGACAGACCUUUAACAGUAAAACAACCAAAGAAAGCAUUUUACAUAGUACUUUUGUGCUCUGUUAGGCAGCCUUGUAAAUAAUACCUUCUCUUAGACCAUUCCAGUUGUUUUCCAUUCCAGCUGUUUUGCAUGUUUUAACUCACUACCUUAAAAUCAAAUUGACUUCACAUUACUGAAAGUCAUAAGAUAUUAGAUUUCUUACCUUCCAGACAUACACUGGUUUCAAUUUAUUUGAGUAUGCUAUUGAAUAUGCUGCUCUUCAUACAACAUAGCUAUCACUUCUUGGACAUCAGGAUGCAGAGGUGGGCCACUCAAGCCACACAACUUGACUUAAGCUGCAAAUCUGAGGACCUGAGACUUGCUUAUGACUUGCACAUGUGUGACCUACACCCACCUCUGUCAGGAUGUCUGUGAAUGCACCACCAAGGAAAAUUCUGGAAAUUCAACAACAAUGAAUGACAAAUUGUCAAAAGUGAUAGCUUACCUCUCUCAAGUGAGUUUCAAGUCUCCGCAAUUCAUUGUGUACUGAAAUGAACUGAAACAAAUGGCUUAUCUGGAAGAUAGCACAUGGAAUGUUUAGUACAUUUGAAGUUAUUAGGUUAUAACAUGCAAAUCUUUUUGUAUAGUUGAGUCUAUCCCAGUUUAGAGAGUCAAUUGCAUGGUUUAAAAAAGGUUUUAAGAAAAAAAACUUAAAAUACAUGUGUGUUUUGAAUGCUCCACAACACAAUCUACAGUCAGAUACUCUCAGUUACCUACCGUAAUCGAUCUGAUCUAUAUGCUAGACCCUCUUUUUGGAGUUUAAUCCAUCAUAUAUAUGGACAAUUUUGAAAUAAAGUUCAAUUUAACAGUAA